UUACUCGAUGUGCGGCGGGGGUGCAGCUCUGGCCGUUCGCCCAGCCCUGGAAAACCACGCCAGUCAUUUUUGUUUUGAUAAGGAUACGGAUACAAAAAGAGCGUGGCCUGGAAAAAUUGCAGAAACGGCGGAGAAAGCGCCCCGAAACCGAGCGAAAGCGGUGCAAACAGAUCGUUGGGCGGUGUGUGACCAAGUGGGCGUGCGUUCGAGCAUCCCCGAAAAUCUACGUGGAAGCAGCGUGUGGAAGAAGAGGAGAAGAAGCAGCAGCAGCAAAAGUACACAGAAGUGCAACCAGACGGCUAAAAUAACAAACCAAAAAAACGAGUGGGCCCAAAGGGUAAGGUGGCGCCGGGGGCGGGGAAUGGCCGUGGCUCAUUGGUGGCUGCCAUUGUAUAACGCCGAUGGGCAGACAUUCGAUCCGCGCUAGGAUCCAAUCCAAACUCGAAUAACAUGCAUCUGAACCAUGCGACCGCCGCCACGGCAGCGAUGGCCAACUAUCAGCACUACCAACUACCAGCCUCACAUGGCGGGGGAGGAGGAGGAGGCGGUGGCGGAGGUGGAGGAGCAGCCAAUGGAUCUGGACCCAAUCCUGGCCAGCAGCAGCAGCCCACUACACUGGCUAGCCUGCAGCAAAGUCCCUUUGCCCUGCACCAACUGACCGCCGUGCAGGCGAUCCAACAUCCCACCCACCAGGCCAUGCUCCAUCCACAGCAUCCGCUAGUCCACUUGCUGGACAUUUCCACAACUACGGCAAACAGUGGUGGAGGCGGAGGUGGUAAUCACACGCCCAUUUCCCCAAUGAAGCAGGAGGUGCAGAGCGUCAUUAGCGAGGAGGAGGUCGUAGUGGACGAUCCGCGCAAGAAGAAACAGUGCCACGUGUGCAAGAACAAGUUCCGGCAGCUCACUACGUUACGCAACCACAUGAAGAUCCACACGGACGAGCGGCCCUACAAGUGCAAGCACUGCGACAAGGCCUUCCGCCAGAUCUCGACGCUGACCAACCACGUCAAGAUCCACACCGGCGAGAAGCCGUUCACCUGCAACAUCUGCGCAAAGGACUUUCGCCAGCAGAGCACCUUGAUCAAUCACAUCAAGACGCACAAGGCGGCGGAGUCCAGCACGCCUACGUCCCUGCUUAACUAUCAGCCGCAGACGAGCAGUGGCAAGCACAGGAAAUCGCAGAUGCACCAGGCCUACCAGCAGCAGCAUCAGCGCGUUCAAAUCUCAAAGACCUUGUACUCCGGCAGUUACAGCUCGCCAGCGGCCGAGGAGCUGGUGAAGCCGUUCCAGUGCAGCGUCUGCAAGCGCCGCUUCCCGCAGCUGAGCACGCUGCACAACCACGAGCGGACCCACAUCGAUCCCAAGCCGUACAAGUGCGAGACGUGCGACAAGUCCUUCAGCCAGUUGGCGACGCUGGCCAACCACAAGAAGAUCCACACGGGCGACAAGCCGUACACGUGUUCCUACUGCCACUUGCAGUUCCGCCAGCAGAGCACCCUCACCAACCACCUCAAGACGCACACGCACCAGAUCGCGCCAGGCGGCGGCGGUGGAGCAGGAGGCGGCGGAGGAGCCGUCACAGCCACAGUGGAUCACUCAAUGCCCGCACCUCUGGCGCCCGGGACGCAGCAGCUGACGAGUGGGCUGCUGCCAAACAACCUGCACGGCAGCACGCCGAACAUUAUCCAGCUGGACCACCAUCCGUUACUGCAUUUCCUCGAUGGCAGCACCACGGUCAGCUCGGUUGUGGCCACGGCGGCGGCCAACACCAAGGUGGAACACUUCCAGGCGGGCGGGUUACCGCCGGGCAGGAUGACCGUCGUGGGCACGAUCAACAUGCUGAAGGGCGACAACCCGGACCGGCCGUUCGGCUGCAGCGUAUGCCAGCGGUUCUUCUCGCAGCAGAGCACACUGGUCAAUCACAUCAAGACGCACACCGGGGAGAAGCCGUACAAGUGCAAGAUCUGCGAGGUCAACUUCCGGCAGGUGGCCACGCUCAACAACCACAUGAAGAUCCACACCGGCGAAAAGCCCUACAACUGUUCCUACUGCCCCAAACAGUUCCGGCAAAAGAGCACGCUGCAGAACCAUCUGAGGGUGCACACCUGCUAGACCCACAACAGAACCAGAUCGCGACGCGAUCCAGGUCCGCAGCCAGCCAGCCAGUCAAGCAGCCAUCGAGGAAUAGUGCAAUAUGCAUGCCACAUAGCACAUACACUUAUAGAUCGCAUAUACGGCAUACGAAUACGAUUACAUGAAUACUAUAUUUGAAUAUAUACUCGAAAGUGUUAUUUACCUGCUGUGCAGAGCGCAAUUGUAUGUAACUAUAUCGUAGAGAGCUGAUCCACAUGCGUGUCCAAUUGUAAAUUAAGGCUAGCUGUAUGGCAUAAGCCACGAAUGAUAUGAUACAGGGUGUUUAAGCCUAAACUCUAUACUAUCCUAUGAAGGGUCGAUUUGAUUAAGUGCAUUAAAGUUCAACUUGGACAAUUCUAAGCCAUUAAGUCUAAAAAUAUAUUUUACACUAGCUCUUUCUUCUUUAUUAUAUAUAUAUAUUUCAUAUAUAUUGAAAUUGUAAAUUCUGAAAAGGAACACAAUUUGUUCACAUAAAAUUUUAAUUUUAAAUCUUAUAGUUGUUUUUAGUAACUUAUCAUCUUGAUCAUAGCUAGUUAACAAAUUCAUUUGUUCUUUUAAACGACAACAAUAUUUCCUUCACAAGGGACUUGUUUUACAAAGAGCGAUUUUUAUUAAAUUCUUUACUCUCUGCCUUGUUUAUUAUGCAUUAUGAUUAUAAAUUGUCAGGUUGAAUUUUCUUGCUCCAAAGCUUCUUUCUCAAACAAAUCGAUCCGCCCGAAAGCUAUCCCCCACUGCAACUGUUGUCACCCAAACCCCUAGAUCCCUACCUAUUAGUUCCGAGUAUCGGCUUUUCUCAGCUUUUCUCGUCGUGUUAAAUGUUAAGCCCGCCAGCAAAGUAAAGUAAAUUAAUUAAAGUAAAACUAGUUAUUGCUAUACUGUGUGUAAUCCCAGCCCGCUCUAAACUUACAUAAGGCGUCAUCGGAACCGAACCGAAAGGAAAUCGAUAAAAAAGCAACUAUUUAUAUAAGUGUAAUCUUAGCGCAUACUUAGCAGCAUCUUCUACUCACAUGACUACAAGCGGAGCGAAGGCGAUCGCAUAAAUAAUCAAUAAUACAUUUAAUGAAAGAAGAAAAAACCGGGUUGCUUCUAGAACAAAAAGUUAGAAAACGGAGAGACAAGAGUCCCUAAAAUUAAGUGAAUCGAUGAGAAAAGGAGUAAAACCAGCUAUAAUUGAAUUGACAGAGAUCGACCGUAAAUGUUGUAGAGAAUAUAUAGUAUAUAUAAAAAUAUAUAUAAACUACUUGUAAAUGUAAGCAAAGCGAAGAGCUAAAACAAUAAAACAUGCAAAACGAA